GAAGGAUUAAAACAGAUUACAGUUUACACCAGGAAAGGAGAAGAAGGAAGACCAGACUAGAGAACCGGCAGGACUUUCUUAACCUAGUUGGACCAAACUGGACCAUACAGGACCAAACUAACCUAAACUGGACUGAACUAACCCAAACUUGGCUAAACUGGAGUAGCCAGACUAGGAGUGACAGAUCUGAGUGGGGUCAAACUGGACUGAGCUUGGGGGUGGAGGUGGAGGAGGAAGGAUUGGGAAGACUGAGGUGGGCUGUACUGGUCCAAAUUGGUUAGAAGUGGUCUGAGCCGGUCCAAACUGGUGUGGGGAACAGGAACAGAUCUGGAUGGAUGGUUUCCAAGCGUACGGGGCAGGGAAGGCGGGUGCGACUUUUGACCCGGUGACCUUCUUUAGACAACCUCAGACGGUGGUGAGGAUCCUCUGCUGGGUGAGUGCACGGAUGUCACGAUGAUGGCAUGGUCAGAGGGAAAUUGUUCACCUGUUACAAUUACACUAAACAACGGUCAGUCGUGAAGUCAGACAGGUGAGGUUGUAACAGUGUCUUGAGCUGGAGGGAUCCCUACUUGAAGGAAUAAAUGUUACUGAAUAUCUGUAACAUAUUGUGGUAUGAAAGGGUUACUGGACUGGUGGAGUCGUGGCUCCUUAACCAACCAAUAACAUACUAGUUAGCCAGGCUGCUGCUAAUGGGUCACAGUGGCGUGGUUUGGUUGGGACAGCUGUUUAUUAAAGCAAAAGUAAUAGAUUAACUUUAUACAACUUUAGAGAACUUUAUACAAUUUGGAUUUUUUUUUACUGUUAUCUAGUUCUGGGUUGGUCAAAGUGGGGCUGUCAAUAUAUUAAGUUUUGUGACUUUGUUUUCUAUAUUGUAAAAACAUGAUUUCAUUUUAACCUUUACACUACUCCAAGUGAAUCAUAAGUUGCAGGACUAAGUGAAAAUAGUUAAACAUCAUAAAAGUAAAAAUGUUAAAUUGAUCAAAAACCUGAAGAGACUCAAACUGCAACCUUAUCUUUAGAUUCAUAAUAAAUCUUUGAAAACUAGUUCAUAGAAGUGUCUAACCAUCUCUCAGAGGGAUGCUACAGCUAACUAGCUUGCUAGCAGCUGCUGCUGCUUCUUCUUCAUCUCUGUUCUAUCAAGGGUGGCAACCAGUGUAAAUGACCACUUUGCUGAAGUUAGGAUUUUACUGAAUGCUUUUUUUUUUAGCACAAUAUCAAUAUUUUAUUCUGAAAGAUAGUCAGUGUCAAAACCAGUGUAUUACCACAGCCUUCGGUUAAAGUACAUAUUCCUUUUUGUUUGAGUCAGUUCUGCUCUGAACCAAUUCUGUUCUGAUAGAUACUAGUCCAAGUCAUGGUUUGUUCUUCAGCUCAGGAUAUGAUGUAACUAUUAAUAAAAUACAAUUUCUGCUGAUUUGAUUUCUAACUUGUGAUUUUUCUGCAGCUUUAUUCUCUUUCUUGUCUAAAUCAGGCCGCUUAUGCAGGAGAGUGUGCGUGUGUGUGUGUGUGUGUGUGUGUGUGUGUGUGUGUGUGUGUGUGUGUGUGUGUGUGUGUGUGUGUGUGUGUGUGUGUUGGUCAUGAGACCGGUGUUAACAUUCCUAAGGCUCAACACAAGACUCCUUAAACAAGCCCUCAUUUUGUCACACCGCUGUUGCUCUGAUUGGACGGUCCCUAUCAUAGACAGUUCUGAUUCUGAUUGGUCAGUUGGAAAAGGGGACAGUCUAUUAUGAUGGGAUCCCAGUAAAGUCAAGUUACAAUCGGGCAAUUGCUGGGAGACAGGAACAUUUUGCUCACUGUAGGCGACUUUGGGCUUGUUUUUCUGUUUAGACACUCUAGCCAACAAAUACUGACUUAAAUAUUAAAAAACUCUCAUUAUGAGACGACCCCCAAUUUUUAGGACCAUAUUUUAGAAAAAGACUCUGUGGAGACAAAAUUUUGAUUUAAAUUAAUAAAUCAAAAAGUGUGCUACUUUAGCACCUCUGCCGUUAGCAUUAAACUAACAUCUGACUUCUGUGUUUCCAGCUCUUCUCCAUUGUGAUCCUUGGUUGCGUUGCCAACGAGGGUUACGUUAACCGCCCCGAGGAGGUUGAGGAGUUUUGCAUCUUCAACCGCAACCAGAUGGUCUGCAACUACGCUGUUGGCAUGGGAACCCUUUGUUUCCUCUGCUGCAGUGCUUUUCUAGCGCUAGACGUUUAUUUCCCACAGAUAAGCGGUGUGAAGGACAGGAAGAAGGCUGUUAUGGCUGAUAUAGGCGUGUCAGGUAAGACUCCACUUCUCUUUACAAGUUGGCUCGUGAACCAUCUUUCACCUGUGAUUUUUCCUGUAUAGGCACUAUGCAUAACCAUAGACUGUAUAAACUAUGGACAACUUGGUUCCACCUUCUGUCAGUAUACGGAUUUGAAGCCGAAAAGCUCUCGGUAAUUCUGCGUUUUCUCUCCAUUUUCUGAAACCAACAUUGCACAGAAGCGUUGUACGCACCCCACCACUUGAACAGUAGCAUUGUGUGCCUUCGGUGGGAGAGUCGCUGAAAGCCGCUGUAAUGAUGCUCGGCUCAGACAGUGUAUCCCCCGGGUGAGCUGCGCAAUCUUCGUUCGUCCAUAGGCGGGAUUAAUUACCUACAUUGCAGCCCGUCAACAGAGACAUUACCUGGUAAAAACCUGGUUAUAACCUGGUAAUUACCUGGUAAAAACCUGGUUAUAACCUGGUAAUUACCUGGUUAUAACCUGAGACAUUAUCUGGUAAUAACCUGGUAAUAACCUGGUUAUAACCUGAGACAUUAUCUGGUAAUAACCUGGUAAUAACCUGGUUAUAACCUCAGACAUUACCUGGUAAUAACCUGGUUAUAACCUGGUAAUAACCUGGUUAUAACCUCAGACAUUACCUGGUAAUAACCUGGUUAUAACCUGAGAUAUUACUUGGUAAUAACCUGGUGAUAACCUCAGACAUUACCUGGUAAUUACCUGGUAAUAACCUGAGACAUUACCUGGUAAUUACCUGGUUAUAACCUGAGACGUUACCUGGUUAUAACCUGGUUAUAACCUGAGGCAUUACUUGGAAAUAACCUGGUUAUAAUCUGGUAAUAACCUUACACAUUACCUGGUAAUAACCUGGUUAUAACCUGAGACAUUUCCUGGUAAAAUAUAUUAUUAUUUGAAGACAGUUUUGUACAUUUAUAUUUUUAUCCAAAUUGUUGUGAUAAGUUCAGAUCAAGUAAAGAUCAAAUCAGAGAUCAAAAAAUCCUGAAAGGGGGGCGUGUUACCAAAUGUAACCUGUUUUAGUAUUCAUGUCUAACCUUUGGCUUUUACCUCUUUAUCAAUUUAGUGUUGACUGGCAGGUAUCUGUUUUUGUUCGGUAACCUGUACCUUUUUUUUCUACCUGUCCAAUAACCACGCAUUCUGUCCCUCCUGCAGCGGUCUGGUCUCUGGUCUGGUUCCUGGGCUUCUGUUUCCUGGCCAAUCAGUGGCAGGUUUCUAAAGUUGAAGACAACCCUCUGAAUGAAGGAGCUGACGCUGCCAGGGCAGCCAUCAUGUUCUGCUUCUUCUCUGUUUUCACCUGGGUAUGUACCUGUAACAACAGAUGUUCACCUCUGUAAACAGUAACAAAAUGAGCCUCUGCUGCCCCCUGGUGGUUAAAUAUCCUCAUUGAAUUUUGCAGAGUUGAUGCUGUAGAGUUUUAUUUACUGUAACCUGUACAGUAAAUAAAACUUCACGGUAGCAGUGGAGCGCACACUUGAACUAAGAUAAGUGCUCGGGUCUGGGUCUCUAAAAUGAAGAUCAGUGUACAUUACUCUGGUUUUAAAAACUUUUCCUUAGCUCUCAAUUAACUCCAGGAUCAAAAAAAUAACUGAAUACUAAAAGCCCAGAUUUUAUGUCAAACAUGUUUCAAUCUGUUAACCUCACCGAAACUUUGAAAGAUGGACAAAAACAAAGACAAAAAAUACAGAUUACUAAUCACUAAAGUUUUGAAAGGCCUACAGUCUGAAAUGUACUUUGUAAACGUGAAUAAAGGUGUGCUAUAUUUUACAUUUUAAACACAAAGGGACUUGUUUAUAUGAUAAUAUAUUGUUGAAAUAAAGCUGAUUUUAAAAACCGUCAGUUAAAUGUUCCCUAUAAAUAUAUAUGCUUUUGCCUUUGUUGUUUUUAAUUUUAAAAUAAAUGUGUCUCAUCAACAAAAGUAAAAAUAAAUUAUAAUGUAACACCUAAAAUGUGAUUAGGGAAAGAAUGGAAGCAGCUUUGGUGCGAUACACAAUCCAUAAGUAUCUUACUAAACUCUGUCAAUGUUGGAGGGAAUUUUUUUCUAUUUUUCUUCUUUUUCAUUUUCCUUUUUAUUCAAAAAUUCUUUGGUAUCUUUAGGUGUGUGUGUUUUUUUAUCCCACUUUUACUUUCUUUCCUCCAUUUUUCACUUCUCUUUCAUCAUCUCUUUCUCUUUCCUUUUCAUCGAAGAUUUCUUGGCCUUUAGCACAUUAGAUUAAAGUUAUAUUACCGCCCUCUUUUGGACUGGAGUGGAACAACAAGCCAACAAGAAGAGCAGGCUGUGAUAUUCUGAUCAAUGAAAUAUAUCUGUCCGGAGCAGCUGAAUUUUUGCAAACAUACAACCACAGCAAACACUGCAGUGCCUUUGAUAACACUCAUUUCUCCUGUGUGUUUGUGUGUGUGUCUCUGUGUGUGUUAUCUGUAAACUGUGUUUGUGCGUGUUGAUGUGUGUAAUUGUGUGUAAUGUGUUGUGUGUAGGGAGGUCUCACUCUGCUGUCCAUGGAGCGUCUGAAGAGAGUUUCAUUUGAAGAAGAAUACAACAAACUGUUCAGCCCACCUAUUGCCUGAGACACACACACACACACACACACACACACACACACACACACACACACACACACACACACACACACACACACACACAUUUAAUAUAACUUUUCUCCAACAGCUGAAUCAGAGAUCAUCAUUACUCUGCUUUCUUCAAGUGUCUGUAAUCCAAAGUGCCUUUAUUAUUAUUAUUAUUAUUAUUAAUAUUAUUAUUAUUAUUGAAUUGGUGUUGACAAUGUAAUGAUGAUGAUGUGAUGAACAUAGAAAAAAAAUUAAAGGUAUAAAUUAUGACUCUUUGCUUUUACAAAGCUCAUAAACUCUUGUUUUCAUCAAUUUUCUUCUUUAUUUCAGUUGAUUUGUUGCCUGAAAGAUGUUUGUUGUGAUGUUAUACCAAACCUCACAACCCCAACUCCAUCAUGCUUUGAGACGCUUCAUAGAACAGAUUUGCUUAUUGUCCAAAGCCUACCUUUAAUUAAAAAUGGUCCAAAGACAAUAUUGUAAAUGCUGAAACUGAAUAAUGUGACUGUUUUAGAAUAGAAUAGAAUAGAAUAUUCCUUUAUUGAUCCCCAUGGGGGAAAUUUUUUGUCACAGCAGCAUCACAGACAAAGAUAGUGCAAAAAUGCAGUUAUAAAAAUAAAGAUCGUUAUAUUAGGAGCUUAAAUAAAUGUAAUAAGAAAAAAAAAUUGAAAAAGGAAAAAGGAA